GAAUGCCUGGAUACCUACGACACGCCGGAGAACUUCCGCUUCUUCCGUCGCCACUCGGGACUGCUGGGACACGACAUCGCGCACGUUGGUAAUCCAGAUGUGUGCACGGCAGCCGGCCACAGCUUCUUCUGGGGUAUGCUCGUCUUCCGUUUGGAGCAAGCCCCAGGCUAUCCUCCCCGAGACGUCGGGCUGGAGUUCAGCCUUUGCGUGCCCAAAAGCUGCUCCUUUUCAGUUGUAGAAACCAUCUUCGUGCCGUACACGCUGGGGCGCUACCUUGGCCUCGACUGGGGCCCCGAGACCCCGGAGGUCAUGUCGAGGUGGAAUGUGGACAAGGCGAAUACGAUCCCUGUAGAGGACAUGGUGAAUCACUUCGUCCACAAAAUUGUGGCGAAGCAUCCGAAGGGCCCUGGCGGAUGGUAUCAGCAGGAGUGGCCCUAUCGACAAAAGCUGUGGCAGUACCAGCCGAAUUUUUGGACUCGGCAGGCUGGCAUGUGUCUGCAGAUGGCAAGCUGGUUUGGCUUGGGUGCUCAGCACGACAAGGCCGCGCCCAAUGGGAGCAGAAGUUCCUGGCUGUAUGGCCUACGAACCUUCGCCCCGCAGCGGCACAUCCACGACCUUUGGGUCGCCAGGAGUGGAGCUGAGGAGUUGCCCCAGCUCCACGUUCUUCGACUGAUUCUUCAACUCCUGGUCACUUUCCAGCAUACCAUUUUGCUGGUCGACUGGUUGGGCGGCAGCGGCUUUGCUGGGAUCGAGAGCUUCCAGCCCAUCACCAGCCAAGUGUCAAAGGUGCUUGGUCGGGUGAACCACACGUUCGCCUGCCUCUCUGUCGUGUUGAGUAUCCGGUCCAUGGGGGGCACCUUGCGAGCAGUUCGCGCGGCUGGUGGAGGGCUUGCAAGAUCCGUCCUUACUGCCACGACCUGGACAAUGAGAAGAUGGCUCAGGCAGGCGUGCCACCUUGCCUUUUGGAUGUUCUUCUACAUUCACCUCGCGAGAGAGAUCCCCUGGAAGCCCUUCCCGAACUUCACCUUGAUUUGGUACCAGGACCGGUUAGAUGUGUGUCGAGACUCUGAGCCACUGCCGAGUGCGCGCUUACCCAAAGAGGUAGCUGCAUAUCUGCCCAUGUGGCUGCUGAGCCUGCUCUUUGUGUACGAGCCUGUGAACCAGUUGCUGAAUCUUUACCGCCCGGCGGUGACAGCUUGCCACAACAUGCAGAUCUUUGAGUCCCUGUUCGCGGUCAGCGUAGUCGGCGCAGGCAUCGGCUUCGUAAGGCACUUCAGUGGCAACGCCGGUGCCGUUUGCAUUGGCAUAUUGGUCACGGCCUUCUGCUUGUGGUUGGAGCCAGAGCUUCUUUGUGAG